CCGGGCAUCUCCCGGCAGGGAAACGGGGUCUGGGGCUGGCAGCCCUUCUGUGCGUGUGUGCGCCGGGGGGGAGGGAGGCAUAGGGGCCGGGGGGUGCCGGAGGAGGGACUAUGAGGAGAGGAAGCCUGCGGGUGGGCAGCGGCACCCCCGGGACGAUGCCGCGGCUCGGCGGGGGCUGGCCGGCGGCCCCGCGCCUCUCCCCGGCCUCCGCUGCAGUCCUCCUAGGCGUCCUGUGCCUGCCCGGGGCGCCGGCCUCCUCCCUGCUCACAGGAUCAGUUGCAAAAUGUGAAAAUGAAGGGGAAAUUCUGCAGAUACCUUUUAUCACAGACAACCCUUGCAUAAUGUGCAUUUGCCUGAAUAAGGAAGUGACGUGCAAAAGGGAGAAGUGUCCAGUGCUUUCCAAGGACUGUGCUCUCGUCAUUAAGCAGAGAGGGGCUUGCUGUGAGCGUUGCAAAGAUUGCAGUUUUGGAGGAAAUAUAUACAACAACUCCAUGAAAUGGCACCUCCCCAGCAAUCCCUGUGUUACAUACCAGUGCCAGGAAGGAGUGAUAGUAGAAUCAGAAGUACAGUGUAUUGUUCAUUGCAAAAACCCUUCCAAACUCAGGGGAAUGUGUUGUCCUGUAUGUCCAGGUUGUGUAUUUGAAGGGAGACUUUACAAUGAUGGAGAAGAAUUCAGGCCUGAAGGAAAUAAAUGUACUAAGUGCUCUUGUAUUGAUGGCAGGACACAGUGUAUCCAAGAAGUUUGCCCUAUUCUGUCAUGUCCGCAGCACCUCAGUCACAUUCCUGCUGGACAGUGUUGCCCCAAAUGCUUAGGACAAAGGAAAGUGUUUGACCUCCCAUUUGGAAGCUGUCUCUUUCACAGCAAUGUGUAUGAUAAUGGUUCCUCGUUUAUGUAUGACAACUGCACAGCAUGUACAUGCAAGGAUUCAACAGUGUUAUGUAAGAAGAGGUGCUUCCUUCCUGGUGAAUGCAAUAAAAACAAAGACCACUGCUGCAAGGAGUGUGUCUCAUACAUCUCUCCUGAGGAGGUGAAAGUGUGCAAGUUUGGCAAUAAGAUCUUCCAGGAUGGAGAGAUGUGGUCCUCUGUGAACUGCACCAUCUGUGCUUGUGUGAAAGGCAAGACAGAGUGUCGCAAGAAACAGUGCAUUCCAGUCAGAAGCUGUCCUCAUGGUAAAAUCCUGAACAGGAAAGGAUGCUGUCCAAUUUGCACUGAAAAGCCUGGAGUUUGCACUGUAUUUGGAGAUCCUCACUACAACACUUUUGAUGGACGGACAUUUAACUUUCAGGGAACAUGUCAGUACGUUUUGACAAAAGACUGCUCCUCCUCUGCCUCGCCCUUUCAGGUGCUGGUAAAAAAUGAUGCCCGUCGGACCCGUUCUUUCUCUUGGACAAAGUCAGUGGACCUUGUGUUGGGCAGAAGUACAAUCAGCCUCCAGCAGCACCUCACAGUGAAGUGGAAUGGGACCCGAAUUUCACUACCUUGUGAGACACCACAAUUUCAGAUCGAUUUGGAUGGUUAUUUGCUGAAAGUGACAACCAAAGCUGGCUUGGAAAUCUCAUGGGAUGGAGACAGUUUUGUGGAAGUCAUGGCUGCACCUCAUCUGAAAGGCAAACUUUGUGGUCUGUGUGGCAAUUACAAUGGGCACAAGCGAGAUGACUUGAUUGGGGGAGAUGGGAAUUUUAAGUUUGAUGUAGACGACUUUGCUGAAUCCUGGCGUGUGGAGUCCAAUGAGGUCUGCAGCCGCUUGCAGAGAAAACCUGUACCUGAGCUCUGUCAUGGGACAGUCAGGGUGAAACUCCGAGCUCACCGGGAAUGCCAGAAACUCAAAGCAUGGGAGUUCCAGAGCUGUCAUUCAACAGUGGAUUAUACCACAUUUUACAGGUCCUGUGUGACAGACAUGUGUGAGUGUCCGAUCCAUAAAAACUGCUACUGCGAGUCAUUCUUGGCAUAUGCCCGAACCUGUCAGAGGGAAGGGCUGAAAGUCCAGUGGGUACCGGAGCAGAAUUGUGCAGCAACCCAGUGUAAACAUGGCGCAGUUUAUGAUACCUGUGGUCCGGGAUGUGUCAAAACAUGUGACAACUGGAAUGAAAUUGGACCAUGCAACAAGCCCUGCAUUGCAGGGUGUCACUGCCCGGCAAAUUUAGUUCUUCACAGAGGAAGAUGCAUCAAGCCAGUCCUGUGCCCACAGCGGUGACAUUCAUUCUCUUUCCAUGGACACUAAUGCAGGUGGUCUCUCCCCCUUUUCAUGCUCACAGUGAAGGACUCCAGCUGUUUGUGUGCAGAUUCUGCAAAGUACAGUAAAUUCACGAAUACAAGCCGCACUGAGUAUAAGCCGCAUCUCUGGGUGUUGGCAAAUAUUUCGU